AUGAAUAACGUAAUGAAAUCAUUUAAAGAUACUUUAUCAAGUGCUAAAAAUAUAUUAAUUCUUACUGGAAGUGGAAUAUCAGCAGAAUCUGGUGUGCCAACUUUUCGUGGUGCUGGUGGAUUUUGGCGAACAUAUCAAGCAACUUAUUUAGCAACUCCACAAGCUUUUAAGGCUAAUCCAUCACUUGUUUGGGAAUUUUAUGAAUACAGACGAGAUUUAGCAUCUAAAGUACAACCAAAUAAAGCACAUGAAGCAAUCGCUAAUUUUGAAAAAAAAUUAACGAGUCAAGGAAAGAAAGUAACUGUUGUAACACAAAACGUUGAUGGACUUCAUCAACGUGCAGGAACUAAUAAUAUAUAUGAACUUCAUGGUUCAUUAUUUAAAACCCGGUGCACUAAAUGUGAUAACGUUGAGGUCAAUAAUAAUGUUCCUAUUUGUCCAGCUUUAGCAAGAGCCAGUUUACCAGAACAAGAUGACACGUUGUCAGAAAUACCCGUCGAAGAUUUACCGCAUUGUCAAAAAAAUUCUUGUGCUGGAUUAUUGAGACCUUAUAUUGUAUGGUUUGGAGAAAAUCUUGAUGAAGAUCUUCUUAAUAAAACUGAGGAAUGUGUUGAAAAUUGUGAUGUGUGUUUAAUUAUUGGAACAUCAUCGAUUGUUUAUCCAGCUGCUAUGUUUGCACCAAGAGUUGCUGAACGCGGUAUUACCGUUGCUGAAUUUAAUUUGGAAGAAACAGCAGCAACAAAAAGUUUCCAAUAUCAUUUUCAAGGACCAUGUACUGUGACAGUGACUGAAGCAUUGGAUAUUUAAAUAAAAAAUAAACAUAUUUUAAAUUAAAAUAAUAAAAAUAACAAAGUGUUCUAGAAUAGAUGUUAGAGUUUAGACUAAUUUUUAUUUAUUUCAUACUAAAUUGCGUGAUAUCUCUGUAAAAAAAGAGAAUAAUUUUAAUACAUUAAACCAAUAAAUUAUUUAAUCA